AGAGAGAGAGAGAGAGCGAAGGCAAAAAAACCAAAUUGUCGCGUAUAUAUACGCAAUUGUAUAGAGAGUGUGGCACAUAUAUAUGCAAAACGGUCGCACAUUUUUUUUUGUCGAUCGGUUUGAAGUCGACAUGCACUGUGUGCGAUAGUCGAUCGUCAAGUGAGAGUUUAUGGCAAAAUAUUCAAAUAGAAUUCGGUAUAUCGAGUCUCACCGAAAUUUCGUUACGCAUCGCAAAACAACCGAUCGAAAAGCAAACAAGCAGCAGCAGUAGCGGCAACGAUACAGAAAAAAAAUACCAUUUUAUAUAUUCAUUUGAGAAAGGCGAAUAAAAGAUUGUACCGCGAUAUUUCCUGAACUGAAUUCGGUUUUUUUUUUCGUUCAGUUUGGUCGCGCGCGCGUUCAAUUCAAGUCCAGUUUCAAUUCGGAAGGAAUGAUAUUAGUAAUUAGAUGGUUAAUUUUUCGUUUAAAACGCAAUAAUAUUUUUUUCCCGUUGUUUUUGUUUCUCGUUUUGUGUUUUCGUCAUCGAUGCGCGACUUGUUCGCUCUCUCGGGUUGAAGGUUAUAAACACACAUAUCAAUUCACCGUUGUUAUAAACAUUAUCGUUGUUAUCAUCAUUGUCGUCGUCAACGUCGUUGUCGACGUCGUGGUGCAAUUCAUAAGUGCGAUUUGUAUGGUCGUUAUUGCGUAUCGCAACUUGUCAAAUGCAUAACUGAAAGAAAAAAUAAAGCGAAGAAAAGAAAGAAAAGGAGACAACCAUCGGUUGUCGUCAUUUGAUUUCUGGUCGCCUGUUUGAAAUUUGCUGUUGAAAAUCGGUGCUGAAUUUCAUUGGCAUCGGUUUUUCGCACAUCAUUCACGUGAACAUUAAAAUGAAUGCUUUAAAAAGGAACGGCGAAAAGAAGAGCGCACUUUUUCAAUAUUUUUGAUUCUCUCUGUUGUUGUUUUUUUUUCCUGUCUCUUCUUCUCUUAUUUGGUCGACAUCGGUCGUCGUUGUUGCCGCCGUCGUCGUCGUCAUCGCAAUCAUUGAGACUUGAAAAUAUCAACGAGAGAUAGCGAUACACACAUAAAUAAACAUAUAGAUAGACGAAAAACGUUUGGUCGCCAUCGUCAUAUUGGCAUUGCCGCGCGCUCUGCUUUCGGGCUCUUUUCUCAAUCUAUCUCUCUCUCGCUAUAUAUGCGACGUACGAAAUAUGCACGAAAUAUAAAAAAAAAGCACACAGAGAAUCUUUUAACCACACUCGUGUGUCUACACGGUCUCAAGCCCCAUUGUGCAUGUGUUAAAUGUGUAUCAGUACUCGCAGCGCUUAUAUUUCUCAUUUUCAUUCUUUAUUAUGAUGUGCAUGCGAGAAUAAAUAAUGUGUCUAUAGUGCUGGCACUGUACAGACUAAACGGGCUAAAUGUCUUGGGCUCUCUCCGCUUUUUUCUUUGCUUGUUGUUUGUGAAUCGGUUUUUCUUUUCUUUUUUCGAAUUGCGUGUGCGUGUGUGUCUGUGUACUUGAUUCGGAUUAAGGCAACAGUUUCGGUUGUGUAUUUAGUUUUGCUGAUCGCCGACGUCAUACCCCGUUUUGCGUAAAUCGGAUCACAAAAUUUCGUUUUGAUAAAAUUGAUAAGUGAACCGAUAGGAGAAAUAGUGAGAGAAAAAAAAUUAAUGAAAUCAGAAAACGCCGUUGCCGCUACCGCCAUCGCCGCCGAUAUGGCAAAUAGUUAAUCAACUCUUGAUGGCUAAAUUGUGAAUCGUUGACUUUUUGUAACGUAAAAAAAAGAGGUGUUGACAAAUUGCUACUAAAAAGAAAAAAAAAACUACAAGAGCAUAAAAACUCUCUACAUUUGGUGUCCUCUUCUUCAUUCGACACGAAUAUUUUCAUUCUAAUUUCAAUCUUCAACGAUUUAUUUUUUUCUUUUUGUGCGUUUGUUUAUUCGUCUCGGCAUUCGCGAUAUGUUAAUUCAGUGAAAAGUGAGAAACAGACAAAGAGGACAUAGACAGCAAGCAGUUAGUGCGAUUGAGAGACAGACAGUGUGAGAGCGAGUGAUUUGAAUGCGGUGUAUGAGGCGCACAGAGUUACAUGUGUUCAAUUUUUAUGAACGAUUUGAUUAUACGUAUGUAAAUAUAUAGAUAGGAUUUCCUUUGUUUUUGUUAUUGUUGUUGUCGUCGUCGUCGUCGUCGCCGUCGUAGUCCGUUUCAUGUGUGUAUAUGCGAAAUAGACAGCCGAUUCGACUACAUAAUCAUUCGCACGACCAAAGUAGAUUCGAUACACUAAAUGGUUAUAAAGUAGGAUUCAACUCGACGAUUUUUGUUAUCGACCGAACGACAGUACGCCAAAAUACGGCACAAAAAAAAACAAUAAUACAAAGAAAAGAAAAAUAGUGUGCAUAAAGAGAGAACAUCCUAGACGCAUCAGCGAUUGAUACGAUUUUCAUUUUUGAGAAUAAUUUAAAAAAAAAAACUGUCUUACACACACAUACCGCGUAAUCGCCACCGGAAAAAUGUUGCCAUUUACACCGCCAAUCGUGAAACGUUUGUUGGCGUGGAAGAAGGGCAACGAUGACUCGUCCAUCGAGGGUAAAUGGUCCGAGAAAGCGGUCAAAAGUCUGGUGAAAAAAUUGAAAAAAACUAGCGCACUCGAAGAGCUGGAAAAAGCGAUCUCAACGCAAAAUCCAUACACCAAAUGCGUCACAAUACCCAGAGUGCGUCCAACGAAUGGUGAAAACGGUGUAGCUUUGCGUAAAGGAUUGCCGCAUGUGAUUUAUUGCCGUUUAUGGCGUUGGCCAGAUUUACAAAGUCAAAAUGAAUUAAAAGCGCUGGACAAUUGCGAGUACGCGUUCCAUUUAAAAAAGGACGAAGUAUGCAUAAAUCCAUAUCAUUACAUGAAAAUUGAACAGCCGCUCGCUUACGUGUUAGUACCAAAGAAUUUACCACAACAACAGUCGCAACAACAAUUUGCCAAUCUAAAUAACGGCCAUUCAUCGAAUUCGGCCGUGAUUGGCGGCGGUUUUAGUGGUAGCGCAAGUGAUUCCAUUUCACAUCAAUAUCCAAAUUUAGGCAUAAGUAUACAACAUCAGCAACAGCAUCAGCAACACAUCCCAUACAUGGAGGCAACAUUGAAUCAACAAAUCCCCGGGAAUACCACCAUCAUGGAUUCCACAAAUGUGAGCAUCGGAUCCGUGGGCAGUAUCCCGAGUACAGAAACACCACCGCCCGGUUAUAUGUCCGAAGAUGGUGAUCCAAUGGAUCAAAAUGAUAACAUGAGUAUGACAAGAAUAUCACCGAGUCCUCAACUGGAUGCACAACCGGUGCUCUAUCAUGAACCAGCAUUUUGGUGUUCGAUCGGUUACUAUGAGCUCAACACACGUGUCGGUGAAACAUUUCACGCCUCACAGCCAUCCAUCACCGUUGAUGGCUUCACCGAUCCAUCCAAUUCCGAAAGAUUCUGUUUGGGACUCCUAUCGAAUGUCAAUCGAAAUGAAGUGGUGGAACAGACACGACGUCACAUUGGAAAAGGCGUACGCCUCUACUACAUUGGCGGUGAAGUUUUUGCUGAAUGCUUAAGUGAUUCAAGUAUAUUUGUUCAAAGUCCGAAUUGCAAUCAAAGAUAUGGCUGGCAUCCAGCUACUGUUUGUAAAAUUCCACCGGGUUGCAAUUUGAAGAUAUUCAACAAUCAAGAAUUUGCGGCUCUUUUAUCACAAUCUGUGUCACAAGGCUUUGAAGCUGUCUACCAAUUGACGCGAAUGUGUACGAUUCGCAUGUCAUUCGUCAAAGGAUGGGGCGCUGAAUACAGACGACAAACUGUGACAUCAACACCGUGCUGGAUUGAGUUACAUUUGAAUGGACCACUCCAAUGGCUUGAUCGUGUGCUAACGCAAAUGGGAUCACCGCGUCUACCAUGCAGCUCUAUGUCUUAAAAAGAAAUAAUUUAAAUUUUCUAAUUUUAGAAAACUGAAGAAGAAAAACACACAAAAAGUUAAAAAUAAAGCAAAUGAAAGAAGGAGAAAAAAAGCAACACACAAACAAAAAUGAAUGAAAACAAAAAAUACACGGCAACAGCAAAGCCAAAAUCACUCACGUACACAUCAGAAAUACAAUCCAAAUUCAGAAGAAUAUUUUUUUACAACAUUUUUUUAUAUACCAUUGAAAGAGAAAGCAAAACCGACAAACUAAUAACCGUUAGAACAGCAAUUACACUAAAAGCCAUUACCAAGUUCAAUGAAACUCUUUUUUUUCUGCGAUAUUCUCCGGUAUUGCUUACUUACGGACACUUGGGCCGAACGUGACGACGUAAAAGAGAAAAAUGAAGACAAAGAGUUACAUUGACACACACACACACACACACACACACAGUCAAUAAUUUCGUUUAAAUGAACCGAUAUUCAUCUGUAGACAAAUUGAACGACUAUAAAUAAACAGUAGAAGAAGAAGAAAGGGAAAAAACAAACUUAAUGAUAAAUAAUAUUUUAAAUAACAAUUGAAUUUCAAGCCAAACCAGUCAUAGCCAUAUUUAAUUCUUCUUUUUUAAUGAAACGUAUACAUAAAUAGGACCAAUAACAAAAUACGAAAAAAUGAAAAUCAACCAAUACUAUCCGAAUAAAAUAGUCAGCGAAUCAAAUCUGUACAAAGAUUUUCUUCACAUUUAUAACUCUUUUUUUCGUUUCGAAUUUUAAACGAAACCAAUGUCGAAAGAGAAAAAAAACAAAUGGAAUCCAUACAGAAAACAAUCAUAAUAAAUAGUUAUCGAUACAAAUUCAACCGCAAUUCAAAUUUGAGAAGAAAAAAAAAUACGAAAUAGGAAUGGACACGCUCGACACAAAUCUAGCCACAUGUAUAUACUGGUACUGUUAAUACUUUUAAUGUUAACUAGAAAUACAAACUGACAAAUGAAAGAUAGAAGCGAAAAUACACACAUACACACGCCGAAUACCGAAGAAAACUGAAAAGAAAACCGAGUCAACAAGAACGCAUUUAACACGAGAUUAAGCAAAAACCCAUCAAAGAAUUUACAAAGAAAGUAAGAAAAAAAAUCCGACAGACAGACAAAAUCAGAUGUAGAACCAAAUUGUAGAGAGUUUUUUUUUGUUCGUUUUAUUUGUGUCCAAUCCUAUGAUUGCAGCUGAUGUAUGAGAUACAAAGUGAUUGGCAAAAGGAAUAAUAGAAAAUGCAAAUUGAUGCAAAAACCAUAAAUAUGGAAAAAAAUUUGUGUUGAAAUUUCCAAAACUUUUUGAAUGCGAAAUCAACUCUAAUCAAAUAUCACAUAUUUCACACUAAAUUUUGUGACUUGCAAUUUAAUUUCUUUUGUUGUGAAACAAACACACGUUACAAGCGUGUGUAACAUUGUUUAUUUGUUUCCCAUUUUUCAAUUUCUUUUUUUUUCAUAUUAUUUUUUCUGUGUAAACGAUGGAAAGAGAAAAAAAAACUACGGAAAAAAAUGUUAAGUUUUGCAUUUAAGUUUCAAUUCAAUUUUUUGGGGGAUUCAAUUGAACCGUUGUUAAGCUGAUUAAUGCAUGUUAUGAAUCAGUUGGAUGGAAAUAACAUGCAAGACAAGAGAGAAGGCGAAUGAGCGCGAAAAAAUUUGAACGAAAUUUUUUUUUUGGACACGAAAAUACGUCAUAAUUUUGUGAUUUUAAUUACUUUUUCUUUGGUUCUUUUUUUAAAAGCGAAAAGGAAAAAACGUAAAUGAGAGAAACACUGGAUGUGAAAAAUAAUUUUAAAAAAAGAAAUUUGAUAAAAACGUGAUAGCAGUUUUCUAAGGCGAUAGAAACGAAAGAAAAAGAAAAAAAAAAGGAAACGAGAAAAAAAAUUAACAUAGAACUGAUGAUAUUUUUUUGUGGAAUUCGAAAUCUAAUUAUUAUAAUACGUUUAUAUGUACGUUAUUUGGUUGUCAAAAUUUUAAUUCAAAACAAACACAUUUGGGUUUAUUUUUAUGUAUACAAAAAAAAAACGAUUUGGCAAACAGAAAAUUUUUUUAUUCAUACAAAAAAAAUCAUAUUUUUUCAUUGGCUUUCGAUAAAAAAAAAUUUAUAUAUAUAUAUAUAUGAAAACAAUGAAUGGAAACGGAAAGCAGAAAAAAAUCAUAUGAAAAAUUAUAGGGAUGUAUUGAUUAGAAAUUAUGCAGUAAAUGUUUGAUAAAAAUGCUAAUUAAAAUUAAAAACACAUUGGGUUUGGAAAAAAAUUGAUUAAAAUCUUCAAAAAAAAAAACACAUGCAUAAAUAAUCAUUUGAAAGAGAAAAAAAAACGUUUAUUCUUUAUUCGGUAUAAUGUAAUUAAGCAUCUAUUUCACGUAGAAAUGAGCGAAAUGUGACCGUGUAAAACAUCAAAAAAUUGGAUAGAUGUAUGAAAAUUGCUUUGAUGAUGGAUUUGUGUAGACACUUUGUUUUAUAUAGAAUGGAUUUAUGUAUUUGCUUCACUUUAUAUGGAGCUCAACGCAUUAUCAUUCUAUUGAGAGUAUGUUCUUUUGUUUUUUGAUUCGUUGAAAACACUGUUAUCCCCAUAGUGAAAUAUCCAAAGACUGCUUCAGUAAAGGGAUCUCCGCCAAUUUACUUCAUUUUUUUUCACAAGUUUACAUGUUUUAAAUAGAAAAAAAACGUUUCCGUUUUUUUUUAAUUCCUUUGUUGUGCUUGAUUUGAUCAUUCACAAUGUCUUCUUGUCUUCUUGCCAUCAAAUUGCACGUAGACAUUGUCUAUUCUUUUCUUUAAAAAAAAUCAUUUCUUCAAAAGAGUGUAUCAUUUUAAGAUUAAGUCAAACUCUAGAAAUGGAAUGAAGAAAAAACAAAUUACGUAAUGUGCUAUUCGCUCCAAUAAAAUUAAGCUAUUCACGAGAUGAAACAUGAAAAUUGAAGCAAAAAAUUGUUACACAAAAAGAUGAGCAAAAAAAACCACCACAAAUAAUUUUUUUUGACUCGAUUGAUUGAAAUGAAAGCAAACAAACUAAAGAAAUUGCAUCAAGGAUAUUCAGUGACAAUGAUGGUAUAUUUUUAAGUAACAAAAAAAAUUAGCGUUUAAUUCUGUAAUAUCAAUGUAUGUCGAAUUAAAUCAGAACCUUCGACUGACCUAA